AUUUAGGUACCAGCAGCAGCUGAAGCUGAAGUCAGUUCAUCUCUGAGAGCAGAGAAUGUGUGUGUGUCUGGAGGGAGAUAGCAACCAAGUCAACAAAAGCAUUAACCACGUCCCAGGCACCCAGAGAGAGAGAGACUAGACUAGGACCAGAACAGCAAGAGCACAGGCAGCAGAACAAGGAUCAGACAGCAACAACCAACAAGACACAAGAGAGAAGCAGCCAGCUGAGUUACAGCUCCUUUAUUUAAAAACAGACAGCUUUCUCUCGGAGAAAACCCACAACAGAAAGGCUGUACUACUGGUACUAUGACAGGCAAAAACUGAAGAGCAUUUGACGGAGUUGUGUUCCUUCUCAGGUUUUUUCCCCCCUAGCUGAGCAUUACAUACAGUGAAAAGCAUGCCUGAGCAAAGCAAUGAUUACAGGGUGGUGGUGUUUGGAGCUGGAGGAGUUGGCAAAAGUUCCUUGGUCUUGAGGUUCGUGAAAGGCACUUUCAAAGAGAGCUACAUUCCUACCAUUGAAGAUACCUACAGGCAGGUGAUCAGCUGUGAUAAGAGCAUAUGCACUUUGCAGAUUACCGAUACUACAGGGAGCCAUCAGUUUCCAGCCAUGCAGCGUCUGUCUAUUUCCAAAGGACAUGCUUUCAUUUUGGUUUUUUCAAUCACUAGCCGACAGUCCUUGGAGGAACUCAAACCCAUCUAUGAACAAAUCUGUCAGAUUAAAGGGGAUGUGGAAAGCAUUCCAAUUAUGCUAGUGGGGAAUAAAAGUGAUGAAAACCAAAACCGAGAGGUGGAGAGCAGUGAUGGAGAAGCCAUGGCCAAGAAGUGGAAGUGUGCCUUUAUGGAGACUUCUGCCAAGUUGAACCACAAUGUGAAAGAGCUGUUCCAAGAGUUGCUAAACCUAGAGAAACGCAGGACUGUAAGUUUACAAAUUGAUGGUAAAAAAAGCAAACAGCAGAAAAGGAAAGAGAAGCUGAAAGGCAAAUGUGUGGUCAUGUGAAAAUUGCACUGUUAUGAAGCAACCAUGUAGUCUCAUAGAACACAACGUGAAACCUAUAGACAAUGAGGAACCAUGUGAAACCCUAUUUAUUAGUAGCUGUUAUGAAAGAAAUACAAUAGAUUUUUUUAAAAGAGGAGUUUGUGGUUUGCUAUGAAAAAAACCUCCCAAAAACUCAAAUCAUAGUUAGAAAAUAAAACCAAGAAUGAAAAAAGUAGGAAAGGAUUUCUAAUUUUAAAGCAAAUAGAAGAAAACAAAUUAAUUCCUUAUUAUCACUAUGGAAGGAUUGGAUGCCAAUUACUUAUGCUGUUUGCAUAUAACUGUAAUGGAAGGUGAUGUAUCUACAUAAUGCAGAUUUAGAAGAGAAAGAAAUGCCAGUGAAGAAAUCUAGAAUGUAUAAAUGCAUGUUGGAUAACUUAUCAUAGCUUUCAAGGACACUGGAGAUAACACAAAUAUUUUUCCUUACAAGUCUUGGUGCUGACUGUUCAGGGUUGGAGGGUGUGGAGAAGAAGAUAACCCUGGAGCUACCAAUUUAUGAACUAUUGUACAUUUGGGGGAAAUAAAGGGGUUAUGUGGCUAAAUGUGAUAUUGAUUCUCUCCUCUUACCGUAUUAUGUCCCUCCUUAGUAUUAUGCUGAUAAGCAGUGUUUGAACUGAAGGGUGGGGAGGGAGGAAAAUCUCCUCGGGUCAGCUGGAGAUCCUCCUCUCUGGACCCAGCUAAACCAUCAUUUCCAGGGAUGGCUUGUACCUCUGGCCCCAAGAUAUUUCCAAAGAGCAAAUACUUGCCUUUGGAGCAUGACAGUUUAUAUCAUACGGUGUGCAGAUACAGAAACAUUUUCCCCCAGGGAGACAUACUCUGGACUCCCUCUACAAAGGCCUCUGUGGAAAUUAUUCAGUUCAAACAUUGCUGAUAAGAGCACAAUAUGACUGGUAAAUGAACAGAUUGUCUAUGAAGUUGCAGGCAGGUGUGUGAGAGACAGAGGAGAAUGAUUUUGCUCAUAUUGCCAGAUUUGCCAAAUCAAACUUCUGUAUAAUUACUGCAUCUGAAUUAGAAUUUUGCCUGCAUCUUAUGAUAAACAUACAGUAAACAAUUAGAUUUAUUGCCUUUAAAUUGGCAAAAGGAGGUUAUAUUUAUUAUUUAAAUUUGUGGUCUGAACAACUGAGACUAUUCAGGGAACCAUAUCUGGCAGUUUUUACUUAGAGAAAACUUUUAUUGGCCCCGUCUCUAGUGGGAUUAAUAGAAGACUUGCCUAGGUAAAGACGACAGGAUUUGGCACAUUAACAGUUCAGUCAAAAAGUGAGUUACAAUGCAAUACUAGGUUCACAAUAGAGAAAACAGGUUAAGACCUUAUUUAUUUAUUUAUUUAUUUAUUUAUUUAUAUAAGAGAAACUGCUUUUUUGCAGUCCAAGAUGGAGAAAAAGUGUAUUUAAUGUGAGUUAUUUUGAAAUCUCUCCAAAGUUUUUUUUUAAUACACAACAUGAAUGAUUUGCUCUAUAUCCUACCAACUAACAGCAAAACAAAGACAAAAAAAGCACAUUAACUUUUUUAAAGGAUAUGAAAUUGUAUAUUCUACAGUUUGCACCUUUCUGCUUUAAAACAAAAAGUGUUCACUAUAUUUUUCGCAAAUGUGUAUGUCAAAAGCAUAUUAUUGGAAAAUGCAGUCAGAUACUAGGAAAAUUAGCAUGCAUGUUACAUAAUAAAUGUCUUAUAAGAGCAGUUUAAAUGCAGUAUUCACUUUAGAAAUAAUUACCUUGUUGUUCUUAAAGUGAUUUAUUGUUUACCUUCCAACUUCCAAAUAGAAAUGCAACCGCUUACUGGAUAGCAUGAGUAGAAACAGAUUGUAGCAGGCUAUCUGCCAGCACUGCUUUUCUCAAAGAGAGAACUUAACUGUUGUAAUUCUCUCUAGGCAAAAUCUUAGCUCCACUAAAGUCAAUGGCAAAACUCUCACCGACUUUAGUGGGGCCAGGAUUUCACCCUCUGAUUUAAUUGCAACAGAUCUAGAGAAUUGUAACUCUGCUGCUAAUUCCGAGCUCUCGGAGCUACUGAGCCAGUUUUUCUUUUUAAUCCUUAAAAUAAUCACAUAUGACUGAAUAAGGGAAAGAAAUGAGAAAACUGGAGUGAGUAUAACAGGCUUAGACUCUUCCUUCACCUUUUCAUAUUAACAUUAAAAUGAAAUUCAGGUUUCUCUAGUCAAUUGACCAUCUUAAACAAUUCCUAAACAUAUAAAGGAUUCUGGGAUUGUUUUAUAUUGCUGAGUGGAUUGUUUUAUAUUGCUGAGUGGAUUCUCUCUCAGACAGGCUAUUGAAAAAAACAACAGUAUUUGAAGAACAGUGAUGUGAUGCAUUUAUCAGUGGUAUAUUUAGUGGAAAUUACAUAGAUGUUUACUAUGUUUGUAAGCCAAUAGUUUAAGUGGUUAAAGAUUCUCAUCUUCCUAAUUUUGGACUUCAUUAACAAAAAUGGAAAAUAAAAGAAUGACUAUGUUUAAGAAAUAUUGUUGCAGCCAGCAACAAAUUAAAAAAUGGGCCAUAGACAGAGCUCAACUGUGUGGUAACUGAACUCCAGUUGAUGCUAUUAGACAUUGUGAAUAUGUGUCAAAGGCACUAUUGUGUCUGAGAACAUUUUCUGGCAUGCUACAUUUAUAUGACAACUGUAUAGAAACAAACUAAAAAAUCACCUUAAAGACAAAGAGCCUUAUUACAAUAUUACUUACUUGCUUUUACUUUGAUGAAGUUAUUCAUCAAAGGAUAUGACUAUAUUAAUAUUAUUGGACCAAAUACCAUCCUUGACUUCAGUGGCGAACAGAGGGCUGGUCUACACUAGGGGAGGGGAUCGAUCUAAGAUACAAAACUUCAGCUA